AUACUUGGGACUUUAACUCCAUAUACCUCUCUCACUCUUGAAAAAUUCUUCCUUCUCCCCAUAAUAUAAUAUAUUUUCUUUUUGAUUUUUCUUUAAAUGAGAAAUGUGGUCAAAGACAAUAUAACCCUUCAUAAAAUAGCUUAAUUACAAAGAUCCAACCUUAAAGAUCCGAUCGACCCAAAUUCCAUCCGGUUCAACCCGUAUCGUUACGUAAACGACAGUGUUUCGUCCCAAUAUCUCUCACAUCCAACUCUCGAAUCAAACGAACCAGCUCAAGAAGAGCUUCCAUGUCCGCUUCCAUGAUAACGGCUCGAUGCGACGUAGCUACAAAAUCAGCUGAUUCGGUGAACGCAGAGUCCGAUGAUCUUUUGGAAGAGGAGAUCGAAGUGAAGGCAAAGACCGGACGGGAGGGUGUACCAUAGCCACGAUGGACUCGCACCGCACUCACACGAACCCAUCUACUCUCCUGGUUACUUCAGCUGCCGAGCUCCUUCCCUCAACGACCGUAACUUCUCUGAGAGAGCUUUUACCGUCGGUAUCGGCGUUACUGUCGGCACAGGAAACUUUGAGUUUGGUGUCGGGUUGCAAAUGGGCAGUGGGAACUGGGGAAGAUACAGUCUACUUUUUCUGUCUUUUGACUAGUGUGGUUUUGUUGCUAUCAAAGGCUGUGAAAGUGUUUACUGAAGAGCUUGUUCCAGCAAACCCAGAUAUUUUGGAAGGUGUUGCAGAGCUUAUACAGCUUAGCUAUUUAAAUUAACCGUCUGUUAUUUAUAACCUUCGUGUCAGAUACUUGGAAGACUGAUGAAGGACCUCAGGGAGAAGGACCUCAGCCAUUGGGAAAUGUUGUGACCACAGACCUGCUGAGGUUGAUCAAGAUAAAAAAGACCUGCUGAGAAUCUCGUCUUGUAGAAAGGUAGAUCCUUGUACUGGACCAGAGAAGUUGAUACGGUCUUGUCCGGCUCUUGAGAGUUUGCAACUCAAAAAGUGUUGUUUGAAUGAUAAAGAAGGGAUGGGAGCUUCUUGGGGCAUUAUAUUUUAUCUUCGAUGGAUCCUUGUCCUGGACCAGAGAAGCGUUGGAAGCUUCUUGAUGUUUUAUAUCAAUUAGGUACACUAUGAUGUUUUGUAUAAAAUGAUAUUAUUGAGAAAAAAUAUUAUUGAUUUUAUUUUUGUUGUGA